AGAGGCCGGGCAUAUAGGUGGGCAUUGUUACUGUGUUACAGAGCAAUUGCCGACGCUCGCGCCGCCAACCCUGACUUAAAAGUCAUAAUGGGUGAAACUUGCCUCCACACGGCUAUGCCCGCAAGGGUCCUAGGAUUCGAAUCUUCUUCUGAUACAGUUUGUCAACCACAGAAGAGCCCAGGGCAGCUUGAGCAGCGAGCAUCCCUGCUUUCCGCUCUCCUUAAAGGGGAUCGCCCACCACCAGCGUCAGCUUUUAUGGACACCUCAGACGUGUACUCUGACGACGAUGAUGAUGAUGACGAUAUGGAUGUUGGUGAGGCUGUUGAGGACGUCCCCGAGGAGGAGGAGCUCCUGCCAUCGGGUGGGAGCGCGCCAGUUCCCAUUCCCUCCACCUCGGAAGCCUUCCUGAAGGCGCAACGUGAAGCUCUAGACCGCUUCGUCUAUGCCCACCAGAUUGAGGAGAUGCGACGACAGUGCGCAGCUUACUUCGCGCGACAGGCGCGGCUAAACGAGGCACAAACUAUUGGCUACACAUCGAACAUCAAGCAGCAUGCACCCGUGGCUUCCGUCGAAGGGACAACCGCUGCGGACUUGCCUGAGCCGCCUAAAAAACGGGUGCAGGGCUUCUGAGCGGUCUCCCAUCCUUGGUACGCCGCCGCUUCUAUCAAUUCAAUACAAUUUGCUCCAUGCAAUGCUCAACGUAUGUUUAGAAAUGGGCACCUGAGGACCUGAUGGAACCUAAUGCGCGACAUAGCAAGUUGGCGAGCGCGUCCAACACGUCUCAUCAGUUUAUGGACUCCCAGCGGACAGGCAUUAUGCGGCAGAACUCUGAGCCGGCAUGUGGCGGUCACGAGUCUCCUGCUGCUGGUAUAUCCCCCAACAACUAACACACAAGCUCCUUGAGACCGUCUAUAUUGCUGUGACACGCGCGAGAGGAGUUCGGCGCUGAUUCGGCGAGGGUGCGGUUGGAAUGUUUUACAUAGCAUUAUGCGUACAUUGCCGGGAGCAUGCGCUGUUUGCGAGGCCCGGCAUUGCGCCAGCGCAUACCUAACCAUGAGAGGCGCUGCCGCCCUGGGAUAACACAUACCAUCCUUUGUUGCGGGCGGGCUGUUUGAGCGUAUGCGUUUAGUAAUGGCCACCGUUGUGCUCGUAAGCCACUAGUCGUGGUCCGGCUAGGUGAAAGCGUACGACGCCUGGUCGGUACGGUCCCAUGCACUAUUCCUUUUACAGCGGGCGUUUGAGGAGUGGCUUACAUUUACGUCGUUUGUUCAUAGAAAUAAGCGCUCAUUAACAGUUUGCACUGUGCGGAGACGGCCACCGCUGCCGCCCUUGUUCUGGAGCGACAACGGGGUUUGUGUUUGACAUUUGAAAUGUGUUGCACUACUUUGAUUGUGACAUCAUGCAUACACCUUUGCUUUUCUAGUUUAGUCCCAUUAGGACAGUUGUCCGACGCUGAAUGCAUAGCGCGAUAUUACUGCUUCAGCAUGUUCCAAUGACCCCAAGCGCUGGGGGCAUCUUAGGGGUUACGCUUGAAUGGCAGGACUAUGGUAGACGUGGAGCAUAUCUGCGCGUGGCAUGUGGCCACCUGGGAGUUCGCAGGCGUGGGUUGAAGUCGGCAGGAGCAGGCAGGCUUGGUGAGAUCCCUAGAAACUUAAGCAUUAAGAAGUGUUUCUCGUCUUUUGUGGUGUGUGUUCACGACAGGGGAAGAACGCCUGACGACAAUAUAGAUGUUAUGGCGUGUGUGGUGGGAGACCGCAUCCUUCCUAGCUGCUGCAUGUUUGUCUUUGUGCAGUCAGGUAUCAUAGUUUGUUGGGCUGCGUUGUCAUGAACCACUGCCGCCAAGCGUGCGGUGUUGUUGUUGGCAGCCCGGCCCUACCUCUUCCUCGGAUAGGUGCGCUGAAAAGCGAGGGGCCAUGCUUCUGCACGUCUCCCAUUUUGGAAAGUCCAUAGGAUGUUUGGUAGCCGUUACGAGAAUGUCAUGCUGAGAAGACUCGUCUCCUGUGUUAGGCGUAGAUAUUUUAGGUAAUACGCUUCAGGUUUGAUGCGCGGGGAUUACGACAGGACAGGUUUGCAAACCAUUUAGUGCUGCUUCUUAGGAGUAGGACUUUGCAGUCUUUGAAACCAUUACCCAGUUGUGGUUGAACUUCAGUCCUGCAUAUGCCUGGUAUUGGCAUGUUGCCUACCUUGCUUUGUUGCGUUCGGGUGCCAGCGUGGUUGCACACUUGUUGCUGUCCCGCCCACCCCUUACUUAAUUUGAUAGGUCAACCUGGCCUGUACUUGCAUGGGGUAUGCUCAAUGCCAACAUGUUGGGUGUUGCCCUGAAGCCCACCUGUAACUGAAGCCCUC